AUGAAGCUCUCAACAACCCUCUUCUUCGCCACUGCUGCAUCGGCGCAUACCAUCUUUGUUUCCGUCAACGGCGGCAAAGUCGGCGACGGUGUUCGCGUUCCCUCAUAUGAUGGACCCAUCAACGAUGUGUCAUCAAACGACAUCGUUUGUAACGGUGGACCCAACCCGACCGCAAGCACCAGCACUGUCAUCACACUUCAGGCUGGCUCCAGCGCAACGCUGACAUGGCGCCACACCCUGACGUCUGGCGACAACGACAUCAUUGAUCCCAGCCACAAGGGUCCCGUCAUGGCGUAUCUCAAGAAAGUAUCAGACGCCAAGACUGAUUCCGGUGUCGGAGGAGGAUGGUUCAAGAUUUCCGAAGACGCCUUCGACGGCUCAAAAUGGGGCGUUGACCGAUUGAUCGCCAACAAAGGCGUGCAGACCGUGAAAAUCCCAGCGUGUAUCGCUCCAGGCCAAUACCUUCUCCGUGGCGAGCUCAUCGCCCUGCACUCUGCGAGCUCCAGCAUGGGCGCGCAGUUCUACAUGGAGUGUGCGCAAAUCAACAUCGUGGGUGGCUCUGCAGAUAAGACACCGGCGACAGUUAGCUUCCCUGGCGCGUACAAACAAAAUGAUGUUGGCAUCAUUUACAACUUGUACAGUGGUCAGAAGACGUACACCUCGCCCGGCCCAAGCGUAUUUACUUGUUAGGUAGAUAGGAGGGAGCGACGAGUAAGAAAGUGGAGCAUGUAUGUAGCUUCGACAAUAGACGUGAUAUCC